AUGAGUAGCCCUUCUAAAGUCACCUGUCCCUAUUGCCCGGGUUCUCCUAAACUUUAUGUUGUGCCUAGAGGUCUAAACGUCCAUAUUACAAAGGUCCAUAGGGAUGUUGCUUCACAGGACCGAAAUACCCUGGGGGUUCCUGGGCCCAGCGCAAGCGCUCAAAUGCCCACAAACAACAGCAGCAGUUCUUCGCGGGUGGCGUCUACAUCUGCUCCUCAGGUUUGCCUGGAUACAUUGGGCGAACUUAAAGGGAAGGUCAAUGUUUUAAAACAUAUUCCUAAAGGGGCAAGAUGUUUGGUUGCGGGGAAAUUGUGUGAGGUCAUUGACAGGUGCAUACGGUCCAAUGCUGUUGAAGAUUGGUUUACUCUGUUGACGUUCUCAUUUUCGGUACUUAGGGUUCCUGAAAAAGGUACGAAAUCGUUAACGUCUAAAGUUAAAGAAAACGUAGACUGUACAGCAUUGUUUUUUCCGGAGAAUACUUCGCGGAAGUCAAGGUCUUUGGUGCAAAAUAUAGAAAGUAAGGUGCACGAUGGGGACCUGAGAGGCGCAGUUCGCUUACUUUUGUCAGAUUCAUCACUAGCGCCUACCAAUGAGGAAACUGUGACGUCUCUCCGCGAGAAGCAUCCAGCACCUUCUAGACCACUCGUAGUGCCCCCUGCGCCAGAGGUUCCGGUUGAUCCCAUAACAGUGACAGUGCCAGAGGUAAAGGAGGCAAUAGCGGGUUUUUAUAAUGGAUCGGCGGCCGGGUUAGACGGUUUGCGUCCGCAACACUUAAAAGAGUUAACGUCUUGUACGUCGGGCAGCAACGGUCCUCGUCUACUAGAAUCGUUGACGAAGUUGUGCAACUUUCUGUUAAGGGGCUCGCUUAACUCUAUAAUUUGUCCAUAUAUGUAUGGCGCGUCACUGUGUGCCCUUGCGAAAAAGGAUGGGGGUAUCAGGCCCAUUGCCGUGGGAUGCACAAUUCGACGCCUUGCAGCCAAGCUUUGCUGUCGGGCUGUUAGGGACCGAAUGGCAACUUAUUUUCGGCCUGUUCAGAUAGGUUUUGGGACCGCGCGGGGAUGUGAGGCAGCGAUUCAUGCCACUCGGGCAUAUGCACUCGCGAAUGAAGGGUCAGAUGCGGUUAUUCUUAAAGUAGAUAUUAAGAAUGCGUUCAACAGCGUUGAAAGAGACGUCAUUCUAAAUGAAGUAGCGAACCAGGUGCCCUCCCUCUUUCCAUUUCUGCACCAAUGCUAUUCGACACCGAGCAACUUACUUUUUAAUGGGACCACCAUUUCGUCGCAGGUUGGUGCUCAGCAGGGUGAUCCGUUAGGACCUCUUAUAUUUUGCUUGGCAAUUCAGAAAGUUGUUUCUUCUCUGGAUUCACCCCUAAAUGUUUGGUACUUGGACGAUGGGACUAUUGGGGGUAGUCCAGAGACAGUGUUGAAUGACCUUCAUAAACUCGUGCCAGCGUUGAGGGAGAUAGGUCUGGAGGUGAACCCUGCUAAGUGCGAGCUUUUUUGCUGCGACUCGUCUGUUGGUGUACGGACAGAUUUUGAAGAGGUGUUGCCCGGCUUGCGGUACCUUCAGAAAUCUUCUUUGUGCCUUUUAGGAGCGCCAAUUUUCCCUGAGGGUGUCGGUGCUGCACUUGAAGAUAAAAGGUUAGCGUUGGUUCGGGCCAAGGAACACCUGGGAAACUUGUCUGCGCAUGUUGCGCUUAUUCUGCUGCGGAACUGUUUUGCUGCACCGCGUAUAAUGUACAUUCUAAGAACAGCUCCAACCUGGUUGUUUCAAUCUGAAGUCGCAGCGUUAGACGAGACAAUCAAGGGGUGCUUGAAUCCAUCUUGA